CAGCAGAAAGCGGCAGCUCGGGGUCCAGCAGCGGUUGUUGAGUUGGUGGGGCACUCCUCAGCAAGAUGGCUGCAUUGCUGCGCGCAACAGUGGCAUCCUGGUGAAAUGACGCAAGCCACAGUUUACGUUCAGUCCUCGAGGCUCUCAGUUCUCCAGUCUCCAUAGCGCAGAUCCCGCCCGACACACAGCCGGAAGAGCGACCGGCUACCCUCCAGUGGACCGAGCGGAACCGGUUCAUCUGAGUGAGAGUGCGAUGAGGAGAGGACUCAGAGUGUGAGGCCAUGGGCUGCACCUCGGCCAAACAGGUGUCGGCCGUGCCCAACGAUGAGGAGGGACGCGGCAAGGCCUACAGCAACGGAGACCUCUUCACCGAUGAAUACAAGAUGAAGGGAGUGGAGGAGGUGAAGUACAUGAGAGGGGAUGAAAACCGGGUGAAUGCACGCAACCAGGAGAACCUGGAGAAGAGUAAUGUGCAGUACAGAGGCAAACCACAGAAAGAGGUUGCUGCAGCAAACAUCAAGUCAAAUAUUCACACGUCAGAGAGCCAGCAGGAAUUUUUCAGGAUGCUGGAUGAGAAGAUUGAGAAGGGGCGAGACUACUGUUCGGAGGGGGAGGAGGAGGAUGGGACAUAGCACAGAGGCCCCCAAGAUUCACCCUCACAGAGAGCCUCACAGUGUGUGUGUGUGUGUGUGUGUGUGUGUGUGUGUGUGUGUGUGUGUGUGUGUGUGUGUGUGCGCGCGCGCGCGUGUGUGUGCGUGCGUGCGUGCGUGAGAGAGUUGAAUCAGUGUUUUACCAACGGGGCGUCGAUGUGACAGGACACUGUAUGUGUUGGUGUGAGCAUGUGUGUGAUUUUGAACGUAUGGCAAAGAUAGUAUUUUAAUCAAAAGUGAAAGAGUGGGGGGGGGUACAUGUGAGAAAGAGAGAGAGAGAAUGGGAUAAAGGACACUUUCCUCAGAGACUACAGCCCCCCUCUCUUAGCACCUCACCCCUUCAGGCCCCUGGGCAGACAGAUGGAGGUGGCGGAGCGAUGACGGGCCAGACAGAUGAAGGGAGGGAGAGGCGGAGGAGGACGUGACGACUGAUGGGCACAUGUCGCCAUGAACGGAGAGAAGGACUCGCCGCUGUCGGGGUCAAACAGAGAAAUUUCCUCCAGCAGCUCCUCAUCCCUCCGUCUGUCCAUCUGUGUCUGUCUGUCUGUACCUCCUGAAUAUUUAACCCCUGCGACUGGACAAAAGGAACUACCGAAUACGGAGGCCCGGCAAGGACAAACGUCUUGGUGGUUGCGUGUGGAGGACUGAGAGACACACAAGCGAAGAAGAAAGGAAGCCCGGGGAGGAAAAGAUGGUGAAGGCAGAGGUGUUAUGUAACACCAACAGGAUGCACACUGAACUUUUUGGCCUGCCUACCUACAGCCAGGCCGGCCCGGGCCGCAAGGGACUGAGAGGAUGGGUGAGGGCGGGUGAGGGAAGGUGGAGAAGAAAGAGAAAUUUGUGAUAUUUUAAUAAGAGAGAGUAGGGAGUGAGCUGGUGAUUUAGAAACUCUAAACUCCUCCUGCCUUCUGAAGUCAAGGACCUUUUUUUUAAUCUGUUCCGCAGCCACUCGUUCAGUUAUUUUUUUUCCCUUUUCUGUUGUUUUUUUCAGUUUGUUUUUACUCUUGGCUUCAUUCGUAGUGUAUCAUCAUCAAUCAUCAGUUUCAUCAUCAUCAUCACCACCGCAGCAGGCAGACUGAAGCUGCAUUAGCUCAGAGCAUCUGUGUCUCAACCCGAUCCAUGCUCCUUCAUACACCAUCACACUGCAGACCCUCGCCGAUACACACACACGCAAAGUCUUUUAUUGUACAUAUGGUAACACACUCUCAUCCCAGCACACCCUCCGCAUGCACGCAUAAACCACACAAACAUACACAUUAUUGUAUUCCUUUCAUUUCACCAGCAGAACGUCAUUUGCAUCAAUUUAUUUCUGCUUUGGUUCAGUGUUCCCACACACACACACACACACACACACACACUCAUUGACACACACUCAGACACUGAAGCAGCAAACCGGGCUGAGCUCAAGAGGAGGAUGCGUGGUUGCCAUGUAGACACAGACCUGAUCACAUCUUUUGUUGUCAUCUUUACUGAAUACUUCCUGUUGUAUUAUUUUGAAUACUUUUUUUCUAUUAAAAAUAAAAACAAAGAAGCUCUU